AUGGCGGCGAGCGGGAACCUCCUCGCCUGGUGAGUGCGCGGCUUGGGUCUCCCUCCCUCCUUUUCCCUCCUCGGUCAGGCGCCGCCGUCCGCAUUCGGGGCACGAUGGUCCUUCAGGAGCCGAAGGGAAGAGGGCGGGGGACCCUCACUUCCCGCAGUCGUUUGCUACGCUGUGGGACGCAGUCAGGGAAGAGCAUCUCUGAGCGUGUGCAGAGUGCUUUUCUCCUCUCAGCGUUGAGGAAGCAGAGCCCGCUCCUCCAAGCGGGUGGGAUAUGUAGCCUGAAAGUCUCUCUGUCUGUGUUCCCUUUAUAACAUUUUAGCAACAGCCUUCCUUUGCAGGUUUACCUAGAAGUCAGUCCUGUUGCCUUCAUGGAGGGCUUAACUCCCAGAUAGGUUUGUAGGCAGCCAUACCCUCACAGGCACUAUCCUAUCUGCAGUGAAUCAGACAUCCAGGUAUGCGCCCUCAGGAUGUUCUUCUGUGCCCCAUAUUUAAGUAAAUACAUUAGUGUAGCUAUUUACAGCGACGAUGUGGGGGGGGGUGCUUUUCAGUGGUGGCCCCACUUGGGCCACCUGCAGCAGGUAUCGUCAACCUUUUCGGACCCAGCACUCGCUUGGGACCCAAACAUGUUUCUGGGGACCCAUUUCUUAAUCUUUUACCAUAGAUUUGCACAGUGGUAGUGCUGCUGCUGCAGCCCACCAUGGAUCAGCCCGUGACUCACUGUGGGACGACCCACCAGUACUGUAUGGAUCUCCCCAUUGAAGCUUUCGCGAUGCUGACCAUUAACAGCUUCUGGGUGCCUGUUUUUGGCCUCUUUCUGCCCCCAGGCAUUUGGUUGCAUUUUAGAAGUGUAAUGGUCACAGUGUUGGACUAACAGCUGGGAGACCAGGGUUCAAAUCCCCACUCAGCCGUGAAGCUCUCUGGGUGGCCCUGGAGUCAGUCGCUGCCUCUUAGCCUAACCUACCUCACAGGAUUGCUGUGGGGAUUAAACGAGGAGGGGGAGAACCACCUAGGCCACCCUGAGCUGCUUGUUGGAAAAGUGGGAUAUAAAUGUGAGAAAUAGCAAUAAUAACAAAAAGAACUAGGAGGUGGAGAAAACUACAUUUAAAUAUAGCAUGGUUAUUAUAGAGUCACAGUAUAAGAACGUAAGAAGCACCUUCUUUGGUCCCUAGAUGGGACCAAAGGCCCAUCUAGGCUGCAUUCGAGCCGUGCCUUUAAAGCACCAUGGGACCUCCUUAAGCAGUCAUGGCUUCCCCCAAAGAAUUCUGGGAGCUGUAGUUUGUUAAGGGUUCUGAGAGUUGUUUGGAAGCCCCUAUUUCCCUUAUAGAGUUAAAAUUCUCUGAGUUGUAAUGGGACAGUAAUAAGGUGUCUCUUAAAAGCUCUCAUUCCCCUUAACAAGCUACAGCUCCCAGAAUUCUUUGCUGGAAACUAUGACCUUUGUGCUUUAAACAUACAGUGGUACCUCGGGUUACAGACACUUCAGGUUACAGACUCCGCUAACCCAGAAAUAGUACCUCGGGUUAAGAACUUUGCUUCAGGAUGAGAACAGAAAUAGUGCAGCUGCAGCAGGAGGCCCCAUUAACUAAAGUGGUGCUUCAGGUUAAGAACAGUUUCAGGUUAAGAACGGACCUCCAGAACGAAUUAAGUACGCAACCAGAGGUACCACUGUAUAGUGAAUGUCACCCUGGUCUAGCAAUCUAGGAUCACAAUGGCCGGCCAGUUGCCUAUUAUGGGAAAUUCUCAAGGAGGAGAGGUGAGAACGACGGCCCCCGCCUUCCCUGCUUGUGCUCCCCAUGAACUUUUAUACCUCCUCCAAUAGUGGAUGUAAAACAGAGCCAUCAUAGCUACUGUGGUGUUCUGUCUAUUUCUAUGCAUAGCCUCCCCAUUUCCAUGUAGUUAUAAUUGUAGUGGACCCUCCGGAUACAAACGUAAUUUGUUCUGGGGGGCCGUACGUCUGCAUCUAGAGGCGCCGCUUCUGCGCACAUGCACAGCACGAUAGAGCACUCAUGCGCACGGAGCACUUACGUUCAUGCACGCACGGCGAAACCCAGAAGUAUACACUUCUGGGUUGGCCGCGUUUGCAACCCAAAAGUUACCGUAUUUUUCGCUCCAUAGGACGCACUUUUUCCCCUCCACACAUGAAGGGGAAAUGUGUGUGCGUCCUAUGGAGCGAAUGCAGGCUUUCGCUGAAGCCUGGAGAGCGCGGGGGGUCGGUGCGCACCGACCCCUCUCGCUCUCCAGGCUUCAGGAAGCUAUCCGCUAGCCAUGGGAGACCCAGCUCUCCCAUGGCUAGCGGAGACCUUGCCGGCACCCAGAAGCUUGGGGCGCGCUGAGCUCCGCACGCCCCAAGCUUCGGGCUUAGCACAGCGCACCUGGGGGGGCCAUAAAAGUCCCGCGGCUCUCCCACAGCUAGCGGAGACCUUGCCCGUACCCACAAGCUUGGGGCGUGCUGAGCUCCGCACGCCCCAAGCUUCGGGAUUAGCGCAGCGCUCCGCUAGCCCUGGGAUAGCCGCGCGAAGUCCUGCGGCUAUCCCACGGCUAGCGGAGACCUUGCCGGCACCCAGAAGCUUGGGGCGUACUGAGCUCCGCACGCCCCAAGCUUCGGGAUUAGCGCAGCGCUCCGCUAGCCCUGGGAGAGCCGCGCGAAGUCGCGCGGCUCUCUCACGGCUAGCGGAGACCUUGCCGGCACCCAGAAGCUUGAGGCGCGCUGAGCUCUGCACGCCCCAAGCUUCGGGAUUAGCGCAGCGCUCCGCUAGCCCUGGGAGAGCCGCGGGGCUCUCCCAAGGCUAGCGGACUGCUGCCGGCACCCAGAAGCUUGGGCGCGCUGAGCUCCGCACGCCCCAAGCUUCGGGGUUGCGCAGCGCUCCACUAGCCCUGGGAGAGCCGCGGGGCUCUCCCAAGGCCAGCGGACUGCUUGCCGGCACCCAGAAGCUUGGGGCGCGCUGAGCUCUGCACGCCCCAAGCUUCCAGGAUAGCGCAGCGCUCCGCUAGCCCUGGGAGAGCCGCGCGAAGUCCUGCGGCUCUCCCACGGCUAGAGGAGACCUUGCCGGCACCCAGAAGCUUGGGGCGUGCUGAGCUCUGCACGCCCCAAGCUUCGGGCUUAGCACAGCGCACCUGGGGGGGAAAUAAAAAAUUUUUUCCUUUAUUUCCCCCCCAAAAAACUAGGUGCGUCCUAUGGGCCGGUGCGUCCUAUGGUGCGAAAAAUACGGUAUGUUACCCAAAGGUAACGUAACCCGAGGGUCCACUGUAUCUCAAUUAGGAAAUUAUACGUGCUGUUCUCCCAUAAUAAUGAUCAAGAUCACAAGGUGAUACGUUAAAUAAUACCUCUCAAUAAUAUAAAAUAUACUCAGCAUAUAGAAUUGCUGCCUUCCAGUGCAGUUCUAUGUAAGCUCAAGUUACUCAGAAGUAAAUUGCAUUGUCAACGGGGGCUACUUCUAGAUAAGUAUGUGUAGGAUUACUGUGACAGGCUGCAACCCAAAACAAUAGAAUGUCAAGACAAUUUUAUUUGGUGCACCAGAGGGGGAAUUGUGGAUUUUCUUUAAUGAUAAACUGUGGCUACUUGCUGUAUGAUAAACCAUGGUUUAUCUUUCUGUUUGUACUGGUGCAGUAUUUAACCCAUUAGGAGUCUUUUUUAAAAAACAUUAUUUACCAUUUUAGUGCAUAUGUUAGAGGAUAAUUUAUCAGAUCCUUAAAAUACAGAGGAAAGAUUAUUUUGCACUCUCCCAUUUUUCUUCUGCAGAUAUUCUUUGCAUAAUUUGGAAUAAAUUAUACAGAAUUUUAUUUGUAUGCUGCCUUUCCAUAGUUUUUAAAACCAUGUUUAAGGUGGCUUACAACAUGAAAAAACCAUAAUUACAAACAAAUAACAAAAGUAGUCAUAAACAAUAAAGCAUUGCAAAGUACACAACUAAAUUAAACAAUUACCAUAGAAAUCAUAAUAAGAUCUAAAAUAAAGAUGUAAAAAAUAUCAAAAACAGCAACAACCCUGCCCCCCACAAAACCCUCUAAGCCAGGGGUAGUCAUCCUUUUUAUACCUUCUGCCCACUAAUGCCUCUUUCUUGAUGGUAAAAUUUCCUUACCGCCCACCAGUGCUCGAUGGAAGGAGGAUUCAGUUUAUGCCGUAGAACCCCCUACUGCCCACCUAGAAUCCUGAAACGCCCACUAGUGGGUGGUAGGGACCAGGUUGACAACCCCUGCUCUAAGCAAUACCCCAAUCCAAGAAUCUGUUCAGCAGCCUCAGCUUUUGCAGCUGGAGUCAGUCAGAGACCUGACCUCACAGGCCAGGUGGAAAAAGAUCUGCAACACAAGGAGCAAGUGUUCAAGAUGGUCUCUCAGUGAUUCUCAUUUGUUGUGAUAGAAAUAUUUUUGAAUGCAUUUUAAACCAUUUAUAUUGUGCAAGCUGUAAAACAAACCAUCCCCAGUUUUAAAUAAAUAAUGAACACAAAUGGUUUUGUUAUUGGUUGGCAAAUCAGUAGAGUCAAGAGAGGAACUAAGAUGAAAAAAUUAGUGUUUGAGAAAGUAUUCAUUCAUUCAUUCAUUCAUAUAAGCAGGUACAGUUAUUAUGCAAGUUUUCCCUCUUCUGUUUCAUGAGAUACACUUAGAAUUAUGCCAUUGCCUUUUAUACCACUGGAUUUCAGUUUCUAAGCAAUUUCCAUGGUUAGUCUGUUGCAGCAAUUUGCCACAAUACUGUUAAAAUUUGCAGAAUAUUUAGCCCACUUUCCAUCACCGUUGUCCUCAAUUAGAAUACUUAAUCCAAAGAAGUUAGGAAUAGACACAAUAACAUCAUGGGACCUGGUUAUGACUUAAUAGUUGAUGGAUAGUGAUUUUGUUGGGAUACUGCCAGGGAGACAAAGUCCAUCAUGGCCCCCAAGCCGGCUGCCGGACGAUCCAUCGAUCUCCCGUAGAUACAGUAUCAACAAUUAGCGACACGAGUUUCCAGAAAUAGCUUGCCACAUUCCAGAGCUCAUGCACACUCUAUCAGCAGAUAAUUCACAGCAGAAGUUGCACGCAGGAGAGCAUUAUUUACAAGUUUAUUCAGCGUUGGUCAGAACAAAGAAAAACAUGACUGCCGAGAGAGAAAACGAAAGCAACAGAAAACAUAAACAUCCUGUGAACAGGAAAUGCACAGACUCUGUGACUCACAAAGCCUGCUCCCUUUUAAGGUGGAACGGAAAUAUCCUAACAGAUUUGUGCUUAAACUAUGAUUUCCCAGCAUUUAUAAACCAUGUUUCUAGUACCCAAGCAGUGUGCAAGAUAAAAGUUAACUGAUCUCCAUCUAGUCAAUGUUAAGUUCAUUUUAUUGUUGUUAUUAAUUCAUUAUUUGCCUUUUCUUACACAAAACCAGGGAUAUUCCACCUAAAAAUGGUCACGAUGUGUAUUUCUCGCGAGAUAUUUAUGAAAAAUACUCAUUGACUCCAACUCUCUCUGAGCUACUGUUACUACCAAAAAGGUACCAGUAUACCUUUUCUUUCUAACUUUGGUUUGGAAGGCAACAAACAUUCUAGAAAAGAAAACAUAGGUUUAUUGUAUAUUGUUUUUUAUAUUGUACAGUAAUUUGAAUAAUAAAAUUGUAUGUGUGUAUUUGAAAAAACAGUUAAAUUAUACAUCAUCUAGCACGUCAUAUUGCACUUGCUACAACAGGCAGAAAAAUAUUUAAGUGAUCUGCCAAGACUCUCAGCCAUUUUCAAGUGUCCAAGCGUGCAGAGGGGUGGUGAGUUUGGGAACCACUGCAUUAGGACUUAUUUUCAAAUAAGUAUAUGUGAUUGCAGCUUUACAUUACAUUCAGUGCAUGUUAACUCAGAAGUUCAUUCCACUGUGUCCCCGUGUUAUUAAUUAGUUGCUUUUCAGGGAAAAGCCUGUACAAAGCAGCAGGGAGAGAGAGGAUUUCCUUUGGAAAGGGAAUGAUAGCAAGAAUUCUGAACCUGGGACCUAACUUGUGAAGAGAAAAUGGGACCAGUAUCUCCCCCUUCGUCUUAGGAGUUAACUUGGGGAGGGGGAAGAGAGAGAGAGCGCUUUCCUUAACUGCAUCUAAGGGAGGCUGUGGUUGUGGCUUCAACAGUUUAGGACAGAACUUGGGGAGGAGGAGUAAGUGAGGAGAAUGUAGUUGCUAGUUGCUAGAACUCAUGAAUACAGGAAUGUGGCUCUGUCUGUAUUCCAUGAUGCCUCCAUUAAGGACAUGGAGAGACAAAGGCUGCUGAUGGAAGAACAGUGCCCCCAAGAAUGUGUGGAUUCGCACCUGAGAUGCAUCCCUUCUCUCCUCAUAGAAGCUGUGAUCAGAGGAAGAAGGGAGUCUGCUGACAAAAGGGUCAGUCUAAAUAAAGAACAGGCUGGCGAUGUAGGUGAAAGGGGGCUGUCAAAGUGAUUUAGGCUUGCAUUCUGCUGAAGGCUUUGACAGCAGCACGCAGUGAAAUAAUCCUGAUGGGCUGCCGUCCCACUCCUCGUCAAAUGUAGCUAAUUUAAGCUGCUAGAAUCACUUGACAUUCCUACAUCAGGCACAUCUGAGUCAGCAUCUUGUUGGUGUAGCAGCUUAAUUAAAUUUGCCAGUUCGUGCCACAAGGAUGGACAUGUUCUCUCAUUCUGAGAGACAGCUGUGUAGUAUUAUUAAGAGCUGUAGACAUGAUACUGUUGAGACAUUUUCCUGGUGUGUAAAUCAAGUCUUUCUUUUUCACUAGAUCAGCAGUUAACACUCAGUUUAGUUAAUCCAAAAUGUGCUUAUUACUGAGCAUGCUUAUAUGUUAAAUAAUUAAGAGGUAAGCCAGCCAUCACCCAUUAGAGUGUUUUGAGUAUCAUCCGUAUAAUUGAUAGCACCGUUUGAGGACCUAUGUGAUGUGGGGUAGCAUUUAUAUAACAUAAACUGGCCUGGAUCCAAAGUGCCAUAAAUCAAAUUUCAUGAGCCCAAGGGGCCUUUGCAGUGGUAAGACGAAUGCCUCGCAAGACAAAAAACGCGCAAGAUGAAAGAGUUUUCCGUUUUUUGAGUCGUUCCGCAAGACGAAUUUCCCUAUGGGCUUGCUUCGCAAGACGUUUCGUCUUGCGAGUUCUUGCGAGUUUGUUUCCUUUUUCUUAAAGCCGCUAAGCCAUUAAUAGCCACUAAUAGCCGCUAAGCCGCUAAUAGCCGUGCUUCGCAAGAUGAAAAAACCGCAAGACGAAGAGACUCGCGGAACGGAUUAAUUUCGUCUUGCGAGGCACCACUGUAUGUUUGUUUUUCUCAUAAAACCACUCCGUAUGCCGUCUGACAUAUUACUUAUACAGCUGAGAAGGGGGGAGGGGGGAUACUUGAAAAAUAGUCAAAAAAUGAGCUCACAUGAGCCUCUUACUUACAAUGAAAGAACACAGUGGGACUUGUUUCUGAGUAAUCAUAUGCAGGAUUUCACUUAAGUGGUUUCUUGGAUCUUGGCCAUUGACCAAGCUGGUGGUGUUUCUUCAAAGUAGUCAUUCGGGUUUCAUUUGUUUUUAAUAUUCUUUGGGGAAAAGAGAUAAACAUUAUGGUUUGACCAAACUAGUUAUGAAUUUUUGUUAGAAAUUUAGGUAUUAAAAACGUUGCAGUAGCAAUAUGAAUUGUGCUCCCUGUUGAAUGAGAAUUAAGGCUGUUGGUCUUGUAGGCUUCUGCCUACAUUUUUAAAAAAUUGUCUGUAUUUGUUUCAGGCACACAGAAGGCAAUGCAGGCAUAUCAAAAGAUGUAUCAAAAGAAAACAAGUCUUCUAGCGGGCAGCCUGCAGUAAAACCAGCUGAAGCGGCAUUCCAAUCUGCAGCAGAAAUUGCAUCUUUUCAAGAGCCUAGAGUCCCCUAUCCUUACUUUUCUAGUUUGACAGAGAAACAACAGAGGAGAUACUUAUUUCUGUUGUCUGCAUACUUAAAUGCUGAUCCCAGCCUGAUCGAUCCAUCUGAGCAGAAAGAUCAUUUACAAUAUCUGGUAAGGGUUCCGUCUCUAUUUCCCAUAAUAGUGACAUGAUUUGCUAAUAAGAUGAACAAGUGUUCCUAGGUAGCCUUUCAUGGAAACAGUAGUGUUGUGUCUAAUUGAAGUACAGGCACAUGAAGCCUACUGUGUGUAGUUCUAUAAACUUAGGAAGCUGCCUUGUUCUUAUAGUGCAGUAGCUCUCUCCAAGUUCUUCUUCACAGAUCCUUUUUCGCUGGAGCUGCUAGGGAUAUACCUCUACCUACUAGGUGCAAAAGGGACACGGGUGGCGCUGUGGCUUAAACUACAGAGCCUAGGACUUGCUGAUCGGAAGCUCGGCGGUUCGAAUCCCCGCGACUGAGUGAUUUCCCGUUGCUCGGUCCCUGCUCCUGCCAACCUAGCAGUUCAAAAGUACGUCAAAGUGCAAGUAGAUAAAUAGGUACCGCUCCAGCGGGAAGGUAAACGGCGUUUCCGUGCACUGCUCUGGUUCGCCAGAAGCGGCUUAGUUAUGCUGGCCAAAUGACCUGGAAGCUGUACGCCGGCUCCCUCGGCUAAUAAAGCGAGAUGAGCGUGCAACCCCAGAGUUGGCCAUGACUGGACCUAAUGGGCAGGGGUCCCCUUGCCUUUACCUUACUAGGUGCAAAAUGUUUGUUUUCCAGCCAAGCUAUGGCUGCUUCGUGAAAAGUUUUGUGUUUGCCUUGUAGAUCUGUCCCUUUUCCCCACCCCACUGAGAAUUGCAAAGGAAGAAGAGGUUGCAGUAGCUUGAUAGAUGAUGAAAAUCACCAAAUCCACAUUUGUGGAGCAGCAGGUGCAUUUCAGGUGGCCUUGGGGAAGGGCUAUAGCUCAGUGGCAGAGUGUGUGUGUUGCAUGCAAAAGAUCCCACAUUCAGUCCCCGGCAUCUCCACCACUUCUCUGUCAGAGGCAGUAUGCUUCUGAGUACCAGUUCUCUGGGGAGAGCGUUGUUGCCCCGGGGUCCUGCUUCUGAGCUUCCUCUGUUCCACUUUUGAUUUUUUUGCCCCUUAGAAUCAGGUGGCAUACAAAUUUUAUUAAAUAUGCAAAACUCUGAACUAUGCCUGUGUAUGUGGCUGCCACGGAGCUGGCAGGAGAAGUGCACAUGCAGUCCACUGUUGUCCCUUUUUGCCAUCUGAAUUUGUGCAAGACACUUUCAAAACAAGGCAGAGAAUGGGAGCUGGAAAGAAAGCUGGAUGGGAGGAAGAGAAAUGAAGGACGCAGCAGCCAAGUUUGAUUGGAGGUAGGUGUGGAAUACUGUGCUGAGUGACAGCAGAGCAGUAAAGGAAAGAAGAGGGAAAGGGAUAGAAAAAACUACCAGGAAUGAGGAAGAGAGAGCCAGAAAGAGAAUGAAAGGUGAGGAAAGAUAACAGAUAAGGGGAAGCAAGGGGCUGUGUGGAGCAGACAAAGGAUUUAGUGCAACAUUUUGGUUGUAUCCAGUGCUUUUCUUCUAGAAAAAAAUGGUGCCAGUACUUCAUACGCUUGAGUACCCCCAGAAAAAAGCAUUGGUUGUAUCUCUGUUGUGUGUAUUCUUUUUGUAAACUCAGUCUAGAAUACAACACAGCCUUGUCUUUUGGUCUUGUUAUCCUAUUAAAACCCAAGUAAAUGUGUCUCUUUCAACACAUUAGGAUUGUGAAUAAUAGCUACUAUCUAUAUAUAUCUACAUCUAUCUAUAAAUGUAAAAAAUAAAGAUGCUAUAUUAUGUAGGUUCUGUUUGUUUUUUAGCAAAUGAAAGAAUUUGUAAGCAAAGAAGUUGGCGAGUUCUUGAAGUUUGCUCAAAAUGCUGCCAGAAGUUGCUCUAAAGAUUAUAAUAACAUCUCAGAGGAGGCCUUGCUUUACACCGAGGUAAUAGCUGUAAAAGGUUGCUUUGCUGCUUUCUCACCUUUAAAAACAUAGUUUGAAAACUACAUAGGAAACGAGAUUUUAUUAGCAGAGAGACGCUAUGUGUAAGAUGUUUAAAUAUAUAUAUUCUGAGGGAACACAAACCCUAAUUUCAAAACAGCAACAAAUAUUUAAGUUGUAUGCAUCUGCCAGUAAUAAAUGCAAUAGAAGCAACUUGCAUCUUAUGCAGAGGUUAUGUUUCAGGGAUGGCAUGUAUAUGCAAAAAUGUAUUUACCAUACUUUUCCGUGUAUAAUACUAGAGGUUUUUUUACUCUAAAAUAAUGUUCAAAAGUGUGCCUCGUCUUAUAUAUGGAUAGUGGAUGGGGGGGGGGUGAUUGGCUGCAGCCGCAAGCAGGAGCUGCAGCCACGAGCAAGAGAUUUGGUGGCUGAUUGUUGGCUGCUAGAAGGGCUGCUUUGGAUUGGCUGCUUCUCCUCUAAUUGGGUUGGUGAUUGGUUUCUGCAGCAAGGACUGCUGUGGAUUGGCUGUCACUGCCUCAAUUGGCGGCUGCUGUUCUGGGAUAUGCGAGAUUAUCAGCUGACACCUUUUCUCAGUCGAGUUAGUGAUUUUCUGCUCGGGAAGGGUCUGUUGGUGAUUGACUGUCGCUGCAGCAAGUGGGCGAUGGAUUGGCGGAUGCCGGCAUUUCCAUUUCCUCCUCCCCCCAAAAAGCUCAACAACUCUGAGCCAUCUCCCCCCAUUUUCUUAAAAUUGAGUCUUAUACAUGGAAAAGUACUCAAAUGCCGCACACAAACACAUGCACACACAAGCACACUCUUACCUUCCAGAGGCAGCACACCGGAUGGGUUUUCCCCGCACCCCCAGAAGAGAGCUUUUAAGCUCUCAGGCUUUCCUUCUGGUCUCUGGGAGGCUCUUGUGUAAGUUAAAAGUUUCUUGUAUUUCAGAACUGAAACUCCAUUGUAAUUUAGCUGUACAUUAUUUCUGAGACACCGUUGCAGAAAGCACACUUUUACAACCGUAUUUUCUUUUACCUUCCAAGAAAUUUUUAGCAUCUUGUAUUGGUUAUGUGACGAAGUAUCCUGAAUGCUAUAACCUACAAGAAGUUACCAGCAUCAUGGGAGGAAAGUUCUGCACGGAGCUGACAUUUAAAUUGGAAAAAUGCCUUCUUGCUUUGGUAAGUUGUACUUUCUGGAGGAAAAUGCUUUAUACCAAGGCUACCUCUAACUCAGCAUCGUCUACACUGGCUGUUGCUGGUGCUCUAGAGUUUCAGGCAGGGAUCUUUUCCGGCCCUUCCUGGUGAUGCCAGGGACUAAACCUGAGACUUUCACAUGUUCUCUGCCACUGAGUCAAGGCUGGCAGCGCACUUCUCAUGACAGUUCUGGCACUGAACUCAAGUGUCAGAGACUGGUUGAACGCAGAGGAACAGUGGGAGGAACAAGUUGGGGAACCCCUAAGGGAAGAAGUCUCAGAGCCUGGGGAUUGGUGGUGGCACAACAAUGAAUGGUCAGAGGGAGAAGACUGGGAGGAGGAGAUGUCAGAAACUGAAGAGGUAACAGAGCUUGGUGAGGGGGGAGAGUCUGUGGAAGGGAGAAGUCCAGAAUCAGAGACAGGAGAGGAGGGAGAGCAAGCAGCAGAGAUGAGUCAGGCUUGUGAAGAGGCAUGGGGUGUCAUCCCCCACUUGCUGUGACAAGCUUUCCUGCCUCUGGUCUCCCAGAACCAGGGGAGUCAUGGAGUGGGAGGAGCAAAGAUGGGCAUGCAGGCACAGUCUCUGAUUGGGAUAUAUAUAUUAAAGAGUUAACUCCAGCUUGCUCAGUGUGAUUUAGUGAUGGCUUGCUGCUGCCACUCGGGCACCAUUUUUCAUCAUUGGACAGUUUGAGUGUUAUUAUUUACAGUUAAAGUGAAUACAGCCAGAACAAACUAAAAGAGGGAAGGGAGUUUGUUAGGGAAGGGAAAAGAGAUGGGGGGGAGGAAUAGAUUCCAGCAGAGCCCUCUGGACAUGUACUUCAUGCAAAUUGUUCCAAGUAUGGAUCUCAAAUGUCUGAGAACUUAAUGCUCUUAUGCCAUUUGUUGAAGGUAGCUUUUCAUACUUCACAGGAGUAAAUAAGUCUUCUGACCACUGAGCAAUCUGAGUGUAACAUUCAUUUGGCUAAGAGUGUGAUCUUGAAAGAAACACAUACAGUCAUACCUUGGAAGUCAAAUGGAAUUCAUUCCGGAAGUCCGUUUGACUUCCAAAACAUUCGGAAACGAAAGUGCAGCUUUUCAUUGGCUGCAUGAAGUUACUGCAACCAAUCGGAAGCCCCGUCAGAUGUUCAACUUUCAAAAAUCGUUUGCAAACCAGAACAGUCACUUCCGGGUUUGCGGCAUUCAGGAGCGAAAACGUUUGAGAACUAAGCAGUUCAAAAACCAAGUGUCAGGUGGUGGUGUGGCUGCUCGAGAGUAACCAGGCAGGACUCUGACCUGUCUUUUCCAGGCUUUAUUCUGGGAACUAUUUACAGUGAAGAGUGUCGUAAGUUCAUGUCUGGCUCAAUCGCUAGCAGAAUCUGGAAGUGAUCGGUCCAUGUACCUCCCCCAGCAUAACAGUCGCGUGACCCCCAACGUUCUCCUCCCCUCCCUGCGCCAGAACCUACUGUGCAGAAUGGGUGCUGGCAAAGGGGUACUUUCUUUCUCUCCGGUUUGCUCAGGCUCGGUGUUGAGGCUCUCCCUAGCAUCUCCUGGUCCCUGCACCUCCUCUCCACUGGAGGUGGGGCUUUCUUGCUCGCCAGAGGAGGAACUGCUUUGCAAGAUUUUCGGAGGUUCCCUAUAACACAACUGCCCUUCCACCUCUCGCCUCUGAGCUGAUGGCAGGUUCCUGACACCGAGGGUACGACUGUACUGAAGUUUUCUGUUCAUUUGGAAGCCGAGCCAAAAGUGUUGGUUCUCUUUUUUCAUUCUUUUUUCAUUCUAGGGAAAGGUGAGCCUUGUUAAGCGAUACUUUCCAAAACUGCCUGCACCAAUACAGUUACCUGAUAACCAUAAAAAUAAGGUGGACAUUGCAACUCCAGAGCAGAGAGCUUCAACGCUUCACAAUGUAAGUAAAUGGUAUGCUAUCAGCAAGAACUAUGACCACACAAAACCCCUCAGUUGGGAACCAGCUGUUCUUAACAAACAAUUCCUAGUGAUUAUUUUCUGUCAAAAUGUACAUCACAUCACCUAAUCAGAAAUGACUUUUGUAGUGGCUGAUACAGUUUAAUAGAAGGUAGAAUGGAGACAUAUACAAGUUUUAAUUUGGUCUUGGAUCCAAAGAACUGAAGGAGCAGAGAAAGAAAAUGUGUUUGUGCAGUUGUGUGAAUGGUUGUACAAGUGCUAGUUGAAGGCUUCUUGCAGUGGAGCAACCACAGCAUGUUGGGGGUCGCAUUACACUAUGAGAAACUCAGUUAAUAAACAAGAUGUGGUGUGUAACAUGUAAAAUCCAGUGCACUGCAAGCAGGUUUUUUUUUACAAGAACCUCUGCAGAGGCUUACCCAAGUGCUUACACUCUUGGGUUUGAGAAUCAAUUUUCUUGUGUGGUGAUCUUCCACUAAGCUGGAAGUGAUCCUUUGGUGGGCACACAAGGCUUUUUGCUAGAGGAACAGUACAUUCAGAACCAGAUGUCCACAUUAAUCAGUGUUCUUCAACCUUGGUUCCCCAGAUGUUGUUGGACUACAACUGUCAGCAUCCCUAGCCAUCUUAUCCAAUAGUCCAGCAACAUAUGGGGACCUGAAGUUGAACACUGAGUGAGUGAGCUUUUGUUCUGAAAAAGCCUUCAGCAUUUUGCUCUAUUUUCAUUGUGGUUUUAUGCACCACCUAAAAGUGCACUAUAGCUGAAGAAUUCUUCCAAGAGUUAUUAGGGCAUCUAAUCAUGCAUGCAAGGAAGUUGCUUCCAUCUUUAAAAUCAUUAGUGUUUGAAUCCAUGAAAAUAUAUCUGCAGUAUUAAUAAAUAUAUUGAUCCCUGCUUUAGAAAUUUGGCUCCUCUUUCUCCCCUGUCCCCAAAUCAAAUGAUUUUUCCCCAUAAUAUUUUCCCCUGCUGGAUCAAGUACUUUCAUGUCUAGUAGUGGAAUGUCAUAUUGCUCUCACUCUGAUUUACACUUUGUUUUCUCAUUUUGUUUUCAAAAAGGAUGUUAGUACAGAUCCAAAUGCUGAAAAACUUGUAUUGAAAUAUGGUCCUCAGGUAGUGCUGACGAGUGAGUCAUUAUUUACAUUGUUGAACAAUAAUGGUAUGAGUUACAGUGAACAGUGGGAACUUCCGGUUUCUGUGAAAAUCAUCUCUAAUGAAGGUAUAUGCAUGUUAUUUAUAUAUAUAUAUAUAUAUACACACACACACACACACAGAAAUAUAUUUUGAGCCAAAGGGCUGGUGCUUAUUUUCUGGUGCAUAUAAUAUAAAUUGUGUGUUUUCAUACAUAUAGCAGAUAUAAAAUUAGAAUAUUAUUGCCCUGACAACAUUUCCUGCUAGCCCUUUGAAGGUGCUGGUGAAUUUUGAACUGUACCCACAUACCGAGGGGGGUGCCUAGUUGAACUAAUUGAGACUUCCUUCUAAGUAGACAUGUGUAGGAUUGCGUUGGACAUGCUUAAGGGUUUUGCUAUUAAUCUCUUGGAAUUAUUCUGGAAAUGAAGGGGGAGGGGGAGAUUUCUUUGUAGUGAGAAAAAGGUCAGUAAUAUCCAGAGGUGUUUUACUAUGUUGCAGCAAAAACAAGACUUAGCAAAUUUGUUAACAAACAUCAGGAAAUAACGAAGAAUAGGAAAAAUAGGUAAAGCAAAAUUGCAAAGUUUAUAGAGAGAGAUGCACAGAUAUAUUGCAUCCUUCUUACUACUUAGAACAGUAACAGUGUCCAGAGACAUGGAGCACAACUAAUAAUGAUUUCUGGUGAUAUUUUUCCUGCUACUUUUCCCCACUCCCACUAAAUUGUUCUCCCAAGUUGAUUAUGACCAUUGAUUCUAUUGCUACAUAAUUAUUUGCAGUUAUGCAGGAGAGGAGUCAAGGAACUGAUUUGGCAUACUGGUUCUCCUCCAACCACUCAGCUAGUUUUUGUGGUUUUUUACUGUAAGGACAGUUGAAAUUCAGUGGUUUGUGAAAGGAAAAGGUUUGUGAAAAGCAGAAUAAGAAACCCGGAAUUAUUAUUAUUAUUAUUAUUAUUAUUAUUAUUCCCUGUCCAUCUUGCUGGGUUGCCCCAUUAAAGUUACUGGGAGGAAGUCACUUUUAUUUCUCUGCUGGUUAAUGCAUCUUCUCACAUCUUCCUUUAAUUAAAAGGAAAACAGGAAGUUAAUUUGUAGGUAAGUGUCCAGAAAAUAACGAUUGUGCUACUGGAAAGUGAACAUACACUUUUUUUUUCUUUAAAGGUUUCAGACCAGUCAAAGUUGCCUAUAUUGAUCCCCCUCUCCCAAAGAAAGAGAUGGCCAUGAGAGAAAAGAACCAUUUGUAUCAUGAAUUUCUGGCAGAUUUCCACAUGACUAAAAAAUCAAGCAUUUUGGCACAUGCUGCGAUACUAGACAACCCACCUGAAGGACUUGUGAGUUCCAUUUUUAAGCUUAUUUAGUUUUAUUGAGCACGAGGGAGAAUUUAACUUUCCUGCAGCUUAUGAAAUGGUACUGGAUAUCUUGUGUUCCCUGAUUCUGCAUAGAAAUCUGCUACAGAAUAUCUGUCCUUGCUAACCUCCCUUUAUAUUUUGGGGUGGGGGAAGUUUUAAGUCAUCAAGGGUUGCAUGGAUACAUUUCUUAAAAGUGCAAGCGCUCAUCUUCAUCCAGCUCUUCUUGAUCCAGCUUUACCAGAGUCUUUUCCAGAGUGCUUUACCUUUGGUUUCCAUCGGUACAGAGCAUUUCACCAUGCAGAAUGAAGGUGCCACUUGUCAUGCUGAGUACCUGGGUGGGCUGAGAUUAAGCCACAGUUUCCCAGUUCGGACCUGUUGUUAACAAUUUCUGAAUGUUUUCCAUUAUGACAAGAGAGAGUAAUAGGAGGAAAAAGAUGAGCACAAUAAAAAAUAAUUGGUCUGAUAAACCAUGGUUUGUUAGAUUGAAAUUGUUGUGUCUGAGCCUGACCCCUGAAACAUUUUGAUGCAGAAAUACUGAAUAGGCUUCAUAUAUUAACUGUUAAGCAGAUCAUUUUGUUCACUGUUAAGAGUGGCUCUCUAUGUUUUUUUUUUUUCCCUUCUUUAGCUAGGAGCACCACUUGAAGCAUGUCAAGGUAGACGGCUUCAAGUACCUGACUCUGUAGAUCUAGACUUUGGCACUGAUGUGACAGAACUAGAGACGUUUGGUUCUGUAUCUAAGCAUUCAAAUGCUUCUAAACUGGAUAACAUUCCUGCAAAACCUGCCAGUAUAUCAUCAGAGCAUGUGAAAAUGGAGAAAGCACCAGUGUUGAACAUGAACAGUGGCACAAGCUCGCAGACAUCCGACUCCAUCAGCCUAGACAUUCAUACCAAUGUCACAUUGACAACAAAGCCUUCUACACCAGAGAGCAGUCCUGUGAAACAUGAAUAUAUGUCAAAAAUCUUAUCAAAGCACCUGAAAAUGGAGAAAGAGUCAGUGUGGGAGGUAAACAGUGAUGUUGGAGAAGGAAGGAGCAAAGGCCCUGAACGGAGGCUAGAAUUAAGCACAGAACAGGAUUUUAAUAGGACUCCAGCAUCAAGUGGUGGUGUCUUGGGUUUGGACUGUGAAGCAAUUUCAUCAGUUAAAGGGUUCAAUUCGAUGGAAAUUGAACCAGAUGGCAAAAGAGUUGUUUAUGUCAAAGAUGAAACUCUGGACAAGAAUACCUUAUUAACUUCAGAUAAAGAUAACUUCAAGGAAGGAGGUUUGGCUUAUGCAGCCAAAGAUGAUAACUCAUCCAUUCUCUCCUGCUGCAGUGACACAGAUGAGGAAUCUUUGAUAAUUGACACAGGACAUAAAAAUGGCACUGACUGUGAAUCGGGUGUGGUUGCUUCUGACCGAGGCCCUGAAGCAGUUACUCCUGAGUCUCCUCGCUCGAAACAAGCCCUGUUAGGAAAACUGGCAGAUCCUUCAAGGAUUCCAGUUCAAGAAAUGGCUGUGUCCAAAAACGAUUGUGAACAGAUGUCUAAAGAAUUUGAUCCUGUUGGGCAGAUUUUGAAAAUGCAAGCUGAACUUCUCAAGCCACCUUCUCCACACCGACAAGAUCAGCCACAGAUGAAUUCUGAAAGAAGCCCUGCACCAAACCAGGGGUAUCCACCAUCAAAAGUACCUUCUGCUAUGGAGCCCAAGCAAAGUACCACUAUGGAUACCAGUAACUUACCCAAGGUUACCUGGACAUCAUAUUUUCAGGGAUCUCAAAAAGGUGAGUUUUUUGGUGGCUGUGCUAAGAAUGUGGUCCCUGAUUGGGCAAAACACUACCAGAAUCCAGGUGGUGUGCAACAACUUCUGGGACAUCCUGGCCAACCGUCAGCACUUUCCUCUUUGAGGUUGAAUCCAAUGUACCCAUUAGUCAGACGGCAUCCUUACAUGUUGCAGGGCAGAAAACACACCUUUUAAAUGGGCGCAGCCUAGUGAAUGUGAUGAGAUAUCGACCAACUGUUUUUUCCCUCUCUCUUUUGGGAAGACAUGGUUUGGGAUGCAGCUGAAGAUUGUUUGGAAUAUGAACCUCCUCAACAGGGCAAUCUUAUCUACAAGCUGUUCAGCCUUGGCGACCUGCAGCUACUGGUGCGCUGCCCUGUGCAGAAAGUAGAGCAGAGGCCAUCCAACAAGAAAGCAAAAGUCAAAAGGGUAAGCUUUAGUGUUAAAUGGAUCUUGUGUUUUUCCAGACAUGUAAAAGAAUGUGGUUUUCUCUUUGAGCCAAUUCACUUGCCACCUCCUUGGUCAGCAGCCAGAGCUUGGUCCACUUUGAGAAGGUGGAAUCAUAGAAUUGAGUUUGAAGAGACCAUGAGGGUCAUCCAGUCCAGCCCCCUGAAAUGCAGGACUCUUUUGCCCAACUUGGGGCUUGAACCCACAACCCUGAGAUUACGAGUCUUCUCCUUAAUCAACUGAGUUAGUGGCUUAGCUCCAGCUCCCACCCAACAGCAUCCUCUUGCUUUAGCUGCAGCUCCCUCUGAGCCUCUCCACACUCUGGGUGGCUGACCUGCAUGCUGUGCUGGAGUGCUGGCAGCAGCUGCAAGUCCCACUUUCUUCACCAAAGCAGAGAAUGGGGAAAUGAGGACUCCCUGUGCUGCUGCUUUCCCCACUACCCCUUUCCACCAGCUCCUUGUGUGCAGCAUCUGUGUAGUUCAUUGUCUUCCAAGACUCCUUUCAUUAAAAAAGUCCUAUAGUUCUAUGGCGGAAGGAAGUUAGGGGGAAAACUACUUAUGAUGCUUUUCCUGACACUUUGUUUGAUCAUGUAAGCUAAGCACACAAAUUUGUUGCUGCUUCUGUUGUUGUGCCAGCUAUGCAGAAAGAUGAGGAGCCUCCCAGGAUGAUUGGAGGCCCCUCCAUUGCAGCUUGGGAUGUGUGAACAACAACAUGGUUGGGGCUCCAUUUCUCCAGAAACAAUCAGCUUUGUUGCUUGAGGGUGCUGUUAGGUAAGUGCUUCUCAAGCUUGGGUCUCCAGCUAUUGUUGGACUACAGCUCCCAUCAUCCCUGACCACUGGUCCUGUCAGCUAGGGAUGAUGGGAGUUGUAGUCCAACAACAGCUGGAGACCCAAGCUUGAGAAGCACUGUGUUAGAUCCAUGCCUUGCUGCAGAUGCCUCAGUGGCCCCUGUAGUACGAAGCACCAUUCCCCAGCUAAGGUUGCUCCUCGACAGAAAGGGCCUGGCCACUGUUGUCCACAUCCUGGAAAGUUGUUUGAUGUUUGGAUGAUUGCAACCCAUUAUAGGUGAGGCCACCUUUGGAGUUUCCUCACACUUCAGUUCAUUCAAAGUACAGGUGCUAGACUACCAGCCAGAAUAGGAAUUUUCCAGCCCUGCUGCCUGAGUUCCUUCUAACUGGAGUUGCCAGGGACUGAACCAGGAGCACUGUGCUCUGCUUCUGAUCUAUGGACCUGUUGCCUCCACAGUACAAACCAGAAUCCAAUCUAGGGUUGAUGGCUCAAGCUAGUAUUACGGUUAUAAUACUAUAACCAUACAAAGUACUUGCACUGACAAAAUUUAUGUACUGCAAAGAGAAAUAAAAGUUCUCCAUUUCAAAAGUCCCUACUGUUUUGUUCCUUUCUGCUAUGCAGUCAUAGCAUAUGAACCAUUCUACUGCCAGUGCCAUACAGUGAAAUGUAAGGAGCAGGGAUUAUCCUCUUAAGAAUUGGAGAGGCAUACAUUUGGGGAAAUGUUAUUGCUACUCUGCAGAAGAUAAGUAAGACAAAUGCUUAUAAAAUUAGUUUGUGGGGAGUUGCCUCAGAAUAUCUUAGGCCUCUUUUUGUCCUUGAACUUCCUAAAGGUGGCAGCAUUGCACUUCUGGAUUUUCAGAAUACCCCGUGCAUUCCAUUCACAUAGGUGCAAAUGUUGUUAAGUACAAUGAAAUCAGGUCAUAUAAUCAGUAUCUUUAGAUUGUGGCUAUCCAUAACAAACUUUCCCAAUGUGAGUAGAAUGCACUGUAUCGAUGAUGACAUAUAGAGCCAUUACAAAUAUGCAUCUAUGCAAAAUUGAAACCACGGUGUGAUUGUGACCUCAAGACUGUUUAUUCCAGCAGUGGCAAUUACUGCUGUGGUGCUCUUAAGAGAAUACAAAAGGGUGAGAACCACUGUGCACUUUUUUUAUUUACCCUGAUGCUACAGAGCUGAAGGGAGGCAGACUCUGAGCUCUUGUAAGUUUUCCACAUUUAUAUCCUCACAAUGCAUGUAUCGAAAAGUUGCAUAGUGGAGGAAGUGGGGCAGGGUGUCAUGGGCUGCAAGGUGCCCUCCAGCAGGUGGAACCAGCGCUGCCUGAAAACUCAGCGCGGGGUGGGACGUGGGUGGUGCACAGCCUGCAGGGCGCUCCAGCUGCUGCAUCCCUCCUGGUCACAAGUGGACGCAGUGCUGCCAGAAAAAGCAGCAUGGGGCGCACUGCUGGAAGGGCACCUGGAAUGGGCACCCGGGAGAGGCGUAUAAGUGCCGGCCUGAAGGUGUUCCUCCCAAGUCCUGGGCGCCCUCCCAGCGGUGCACCCCACAAUGUUUUUUCCUACAGUGCUGGGCUGGCGCACGCCAGCUGCUUCCCUCCCAGGAGGGAUGCAUUCACUCGGGCAACACACUUGGAUGCCCUCCAUGGUGUGUGGGGGGGUGCACGCAUACCCCCUUGCCCCAGGCGCCAGCGGGAGUUGCUACGCUGGUGUGCAUAUUGUAGAACCUUCACAAAAAAGAUAAUCACCCAGAAGUUACUUCCUUUGCUACUUUGCAUCUCAAAAUAGUUUUCAGAUUAAGGGAAGACUUCAUGAACCCCAGGCCUGGUCCCAGAUGAGUCCAGUCUGGCAGUGGCAGUGAAUCAGAUUCUGGUUAUUUAUGAAGUAUAUAGACUAAAAAUAUGUUAACCAAGUGAAAACACCCCCUCCCCUCCGGUUUUGCAGUACUUUCCAGUUUACGUAUUGCCAAAGCUAGAAUAUCAAGCCUUCUAUGGAGUGGAAGCAUUAACUGAAGGUGAAGUAUGUCGUCUGUGGACAGAGAGUUUGUUACAUUCAAGAAGUACAUUUACAGUUGGUAAGUUUAGUCCUGCUGAACAUAAGUUGAUUCGUUCUGGGUUAAUAUUUUCUGAUCCUGCACUAAGGGGAUCGUAACUUCCUGUCAUUUUCUUUCUGCAAAAUUCUUCACAUAACCAUUUUAAAAAAAAAAAAAACGGACCAACUGGGAAUAAUUUCUCAAUGGAAAAACUAUGCUGAAUGUUCCAAUAUGUAAUUAAGUCCUGUGGCAUGCAUAGGGAAUUCAUGGCCACAAAGAUGUAGCAAUUGCACUUUUGAUGGACAUCAGAGUCCGGCCAGAGUUUGGGGAUGCAGUCCCUUAGAAUUCCACCAGGGGGCUGGAGCCUCUCUGAUUGGCUACCAAGACAGCCAGUCAAGUGGGGGGUGGAGCCAGCACUUUGGGAGGGAGAACAAAAGGAGCUGUUUCUGAGGGAUAGAGUUGGAUAGGGAUAGAGAAGGGAAAGAGAUUGGAGAUAGGGACAGAGAUAGGGUGUAGUUUGGGAGGUGGGGGUUAGGAUAGGAUUUGACUGAGGGAGAGCUGGUUCUGAUUUGAGUUGAACAUCCACACUGAGGAGACUAACUCUAGCAAGAGGAAAGAGCCUCGUAGUUUAAGAUAGGAAGACCAUGUGGAGUGUUUUGGGAGGGUAUACAGCUGGAGUUAUCUGGAGGGCUGAGCUUGAGCAGGGAGAGGGAGAAGCUGUGGGAAUACAGACUACCUGGGUCUCAUUCCAGCCAGGAGGGGAGAGUUCUUCUAGGAAAAGAAGAAUCCCAAGCCAGUAACAAGGGGUGAAGUGAUCCCCUGGGUCUGUUAUACUAAUCUGAAUACCUCAGGAGUGGGAUUACUAGUUAACUGACAAAAAGGACCCCUUUGCUCUUGAACCAAAUUAAUAAACUGUGUUAAAAACAUUGACCUGAAGCAUCUGCUGGACCUAAGCAUAAGGACCUAGAAAGGAGUAACAGAAACUGAAGUGUAACAGCUGAUUUUGAGUAGAGGGAGUUUAAGAGAAGAUGUGCCUGUACUACUGUGUUUAACCUGUAACAUAAUCAUAUUUAGCUUAAGUAAUAAGUUAACUUCUACCUGAAAGAAUGCAUCUCCUGACCCAACUUUGUUUCACCAACUUCUUCUUCUUCUUUGUAAAUAAAACUUCUCUUGUUUGGUUAACUCCUGCCUGAGACUCCUUGAAUCGCAGUUUCUCUCACACAAGAUAGCCUGUGGUAAAUUGCAGACAUUCAUUUAAUUGGCAUACUGUGAGGUGGGUCCGCUAUAUUUAAUUGGGAGCAGGAUGAAUCUGCUACAUAUUAAUUGGUGGUUAGCGGUGGGAUCUGCUACAGCCCCAUGCAUACAAGGCCUUUUAAAGGGAUUAGAAAAACCCCAGGGAACAUCAGUCUAUUAGCUAUGAUAGCUAAAAGGAGCAUCCCUUUUGAGAAGCAGCCUGUCUCUGCUAAACAGAACAAAGUCAUUGCCUUCAUGUGCUGCUUGUAAAUGUUCAGAUAUAUCUGGCUGCUUGCUGUUGGAAACAACUGAUCCCAGAAGGCUAUUCUCAAGUAACGUAUUACACAACUUGUAAGAAGGAAAAUAAAAUCAGGCCUGUACUUAGCAGAAGUAUGCCUAGAGAAUAGGAAUCUGAGUGUUUUGGAUUAUUGGUCCUUUCAUAGAAUCAAAGAAUUGUAGAGUUGGAAAUAUCCAAAGGGUCAUCAUGACCAUAAGCAACAUUAUUUGGAGUGUUGAAGGCAGAUUCUUGAUAGUCAGUGCCCUUCCUAAAUAGACUGACUCACUGCUAUCUGUCCAUGACCCUUCAUUGCACUGCUAACAGCAAUACAGGGCUGGAUGAGAGACUUUUUGUUACUCCAUUACUGGCUGGUGGAGAGUAGCACCGCACCCCAUAGUUGAAUUCGACUGGACUUAACCAUCCAGGACUUAUCUUUAGUUGUGCAGAGCAGUUGCUACUAUGAUAUCAUUUGCCUUGGAAUAAAGAAAUCUGUUCAAAACUGAGCACCCUGAGUUAGCAAGUUUACCAGCUCUGGAAAUUAGCAAAAUGGAAACAUAUCCCAGGUCCCCAUUCCAGCAGCACAGCAUAGUUUUAAUUUGUCUACCCUUGUGAUUUUUAAGAGCUGGACUAAAUCAGUUUCACAAGUAUGAGCAGAUGGCUUUUUCUACUUUUUAAUGAUAUUGCAUUUCAUCAUUUUAUAAGCCGCUUUGUGGGUUUUUUGAGUGUAGGGCAAGGCAAGAAAAAAACCACACAUACCUGGAAAUAAUAAAUAAAUAAAUGCUUCUUUGAAGGUAGUUGAGUUACUGAUAAAAUAUGCAGACUGAGGAUGCCCAGCCUCUCUCUCCCUCUGGCUCAUAAGGAUUUCUUGGUUAGAGGGAUAAAGUUUAAAAGCAAGCCAACCAAAAAACAAACAAACCCCCACCUCUUAAUAAUCUUCCUUUCUUGUGUAACCAGCCAUGAAGUAUGACUGAUAAUCUUGCUGUCAGGAAAUUGACAUUUGCUUGGAGUUGAUAGCAGUAUGUCGAAUACAAUGUCUAUGUAAAGUUUACCUAACUUCAGAGCACUUUUGGCAAAGCACAUGCAGUGGCUGGAAAGGUGCUCCACAUUUAAUGGCUGAACUGAAAUUCAAACAAAGCACAAUACAGAUUCAAGACUGCAUUAGUUAGUAAGUGACAGAACAUUCAAACAAGUAAGUGUUUAAAUACUCUCCCCAUCUCUGUGUACAAAGAUGAAUCAAAGAAAUUAGUUGCAGAAAGAAACUUUCAGUUCAAGUUUAUUAAUUGUUCACAGACUUCUGCACUUCAAAAAGCAAAUGUUUGAUUCUGUACACAGAAAAAUCCAGAAAAGCCUACUAACAAUGCAUUUUUCCUUGUUGAAGAUUUAAUCAGGUUUAGAGCAAGCAAUACACAUUGAUAGCUGAACAAUUUAGAGGGUGGUCAGUGGAUGUUUUUGUUUGUUAGUUUUAAAAAAAGAAACCAGUACAUUACCAGCCACCAGCUCCUAUAUGUGGCCCAGUGGUGACCAAUGGCAUUUAAGGCUGCCUGAGACUAGAAAGAUUGCUGUUUUAGGGGGUUCAGUAGAACUCACUCCUGGGUAAGUACAAUAGGAUGGUAGCCAUCAGGAUUUUGGGGUUUGUUUACCUGGUCUCUCUUUAUAGUUCUUAGUUUUGUUUUAUUGAAGUUGUGAUUGUGUCAUGAUCUUUUAAUCUAAAUGCUGGUCUCUCCUCCAUUACUUGAGAAUUUCCUUCAUCUUUGUUGUGCAGUUCCUCAUUUUUCAUUGUGAAACGGUUUGGUAUUUUUUCUUUUCUUCAGGUCAUGUUGAUGCCUUGACUUCAAAGUUGUUUCUGCUUGAGCAACUGCCUGCAGAAGGGUUGAAAAAAAGAUUUGGCGCAUUUAAGUGAGUGAGCUUCCUAUAAUGUAAAAAAUUUACAAGGUAUUUGUUAAUGACAGCUUCAGAAGAAGAAGCAUGUCUGAGCAAGCCAGCUCCUUUUAAAUGUCAUUCCUCACGUUACUACACUGUUAACAGUGCAUUUUUAUUUUAUAACGUUGUGACCACCCUGGUUGAGGUAUAUUCUCCAUUCCAACUCUACAUGUUAAUGAUACAAAUAAAAUACAGUACAGAGUUACCGCUUCACCAGGUGCUACCUGUUGGUUUGUUGUUAUGGUUUGGGUAGAUGAUAUACCGGUACUUAGGCAGAAAGCUGAUGGAUCAUUUAAUAAAACCAAAUAGACAAAUUGGAUGACAUUAAGUUGAGGGAGGGGGCCUUUCUUGUCAGGUGAAUUUCCCCCAUCAAACCAUAGGUAGCACUUUCAGUUCACGUUGAAUCCUUGCCAAAGCAGGCUUCUUUCGUCAUUGUGUGUGUUCGGAACAGUCAGGUGACACAGGCCACACACUUCCAAUGUUCACUUUGCUGUCAUGAUUUUGAAACUUUCCUUUUGUGAAAAAACGUAAUAUGAGAUUCUCUUGCCGGAUUUCCCACAUGUCUGGUGCUGUGGUGGCUGAAUGGGGCAGUACAGUGUUACUUCGGUUUUUGAACAUCUCCAUUGACAAACGUUUCGGUUUUUGAAUGCUGUAAGCCUGGAAGUACCAUAUUUGCCUGAAUAUAAGCUGCACCUUUAAAAUUGAAAGGGGGGGGGGAGAAAAAAAAACACCUGGCUGCAUAUUGGGGGUGGGGAGCCGUGCUACAUUGCCAACGGCCUUUCCCCUUCUUUGCUUUCUCCCUUCCUGGCCUUGGAGAGGACGGGGGACUACGCACAGGGCAGGUGUCGCUUUGCCGCGCUCCUGGCUGCACACCAUAAGUUUGUGAAUAUAAACCACACUUUAACUUUUUACGGUUGGAAUUUGGGGAAAAAGUUAGGCUUAUAUUCAGGCCAAUACGGUAAAUGCUUCAGUUUUCGAAUGCACUUCAGAAGUCGAACAUGAAACACAGCUUCUGUAUUGAGUUUUCCAUUUUGAGGCUUCCAUACUGAGGUUUUGGUUUUCAAACAUUUCGGAACUCGAACAGUCUUCCGGAAUGGAUUAUGUUCGAAAACUGAGGUACCGCUGUAUAGAGCUGAGUAGCCUGGUCAACUGAUCAGGGAAGUUUGUCAGAAUUCACAAACUAUGUAGCUGUAUGUGUGCAUGUUUUUGAGAGACCAAUGAUUUAUAAUGCACUAAUUUUUAGUGUUCAUGAAACACUUCCCUCAAAUUAUUUGUUGCUUAUAAAUGUUAAUCUUUCUGUAAGUGUGGAACUGACACUUUUACAAGCACCACAUAGGUACAAAUAGUGUUAGUUCCAUGCUUGCAAGAAACGUGUUGGUUUUAGGCAGGGGCCUUUGCUGUGUUGUUUUCAGCACCUGCUAAAAGCCUUUUGGUUUAGGCAAGCCUACCCAGACAUAUAAUGUUAACAUGCAAUUUUAUUAUGUACAUUUUUAGCAACUGUCUGUUUAUAUUUUGAUAAGAUCAGACACUAAAAUCAAGUUAACAUAGUUUUUAUCAGCAUUUUAAGAUGAAUGUUUUAUAUUCUAGGUAAACUGCUUAGAAGUUAAGAAUGAUUAAGUGGUAUAUAACCAUCCUGUUACAUUAAUAAAUUUACACACGCAGGCCAGCAAAUUCACUGAAUAUUCUCCAACAUAUACUGAAGAAAGUGACUGGGUAUGUAUUUCCUUUGACUUUAUUUCUAAAUGGUCCAUGGUCCUAUGCUAAUUUUGUGAAUAAGUAUCAGAAAAGCCCUUGCAGACUUAGAGCUCCAGGUGCAUAAGGAAGGCUCACAAGCUGGAAGGUCCUCGGGAGCCAUGCAACAAGAAGAGAAAAGGGGCGUGGGUAGCAGGAUCCAGGACCAAGAACCGUGAAAGCUGCUGAGCCAAGGUUGUUGAGAAUGAAGGGAAGGCAGGGCUGAAGUCAUGUGCUAGGCAGACCCAAUGCAAAAAAAGAACCUGGGCUGAGAGAAGCCACAUUCACAGACCAGUAAGCUAUCCAGCAGAGGAACAAAAUAAGGAGAAUUCUGCACUUGUUUAGCCUGCGUCCUGACCUGAUCUGAAAGAUUUUCAUUCAUUCUUUUGUUAAUCUUUUUAUAUGGCACUUUUCCAUGGGAUUGUGGCUGUAGUAACUUGCAACAUGUCGGACAAUCAGCAAUAAUUAGCACAAUUCAAAACUAUGGUAUGAACAAUUGCAAAUAACCAUAGUGUUAGUCAGCGAGUACAAGGUAAGAUUGUCAACAGUAGGAAUAAACUGACCUAAUCCAGCAUUUUGAAACCAAACAGGAGAGGAGAAUAGAGCUGAACACAGCAACAAAAAUGCACUGUGCUUAUUGCCAAACAGCAUAGGGUUCUCCAUAGGCAUGUUUUUUGCCAGCCACACACUUCGCUUGUGGCAGCCUUUCUCCCAGCUCUCACCUGGGUCUCCUUGCUGAAUCUCUUCUCUCCAUAUGGGAAGAUAAAGAUUGCCAGUCCUUCAGGCCCUGCAUGCACUCACAGUGCUGCUAUUUCUCAGGCUCUCCCCCUAAGCCCCCCUUCAUGCACUGUCUUCCACACCCAGGCCUUAGCAUGCUUCAGAGCAGUGGAGCAGGGUGUGAUACAUAGAAAGGCUCAGGCUCUUGAUGUUAGUGUGCCUCCACCAAGCACCCCUUUCCAGUAGUUCUGUGCCCAGGAAGGAACCAUUUUUGGGGGGCCACAUACAGGCCAGGCAGGGGAGAACAGGCUUCCUAUGGAUUGAGCACCUUGGAAGAACUGGUGACUCCAACUGCUAAGCAGCCUAUUUUCUAUGUCAGAGAUGCAAGUUCUGGGCAUGAGAACAAGCUUGCUUGCCUCUCUCCUCGCUCCAUCACUCCCAAGUGCUGAGUGCUACUUCAUCUGUAGAAUAUACCCUCAUGUGAUGUAAGCAUGUGAAGGUGGUGUGCAUCACCUGUGUACAUGUGUUUCCCCCUACACUUUCUUCACAAACACAUUUAUUUAUUUAACCAAUAUAUUAUUUAUUUAACACAUAUGUGUUUGUGAAGAAAGUGACACGUGCUAAGCAGUCCUUGGAGUUGACUGGAUCUAAAAGUCCCAUGUGAAAUCUACAAGGUAGUAGAGUAAUGGAGGGAGCAUAGGAAACAGUUGGCACUCCUGGCCACCUGCUUGAACUUAACUGUGACAAAGCCUUCUCCAUUCCUCCUCCCAGAACCAGUGGUUGAGGAAAACAGCGUGGUGGUGAGGAUUCUAUGUGCAAGUUGUGUUUGCUUUCAAAGGACUUUGCAUAGUGCAGGAGGUAGAACAUUUAGUCUUGUACAAGUCACAGCUCUUAAUGUUGUGGUGAUCACACUAGAGUGCCUACUCCAAUGCAGUACAUCUGGCAAAUGGGAGCAGAAUACCCUUGUGCUCUUCCCUUUCUGUACUGUUCAUUUGCUUCAAAGCCACAAAGCCAACCAUUUUAGCCUCCAUUUGUACUCUUAGUUUGCAGGAGGGCUCUUACCUAUUGGCUCAUGCAGCAGGAGACUCUUCUGUUACCAUCUAUAAGAGCUGCGACGGAAAAGCCACCCGAGCAACGUACAACUUGCAUUCAGCUCACUCUGCCCUGCCCAGCGUACCUUCUGCCCUCUCAGUUCCCUGGGUGCCACUAGAUCCCAACAUCCCUCUGCCCUAUCAUUUUGCUCAAGGGCGAGUUCCAUGCACUUUCCCACCAAAGCCAGCAAACCCUGUGAAGAACCAGAAGGUGAGAUUUUAAUAUUAUGUUUUCCAUAACAUGGGCAUUUUUUUUGCAUUUUAUGGCCAUUUGAUCUCACCAUUUUACAUUUAUAUAUAUUUCCAGUAUACAGGUGUGCUUGUGUAUAUCUGCCAAGUGAAGAUUUUAUGUAUUCAUUCCUUUUCUGUUCCGUACCUUUGACAUAUGAAAGAUACCAGGGUGGCUAGUAAUAUGUAGCAUAAACACUUCAUACAUCUGAUGAAGUGGACCCUAGUCCACAAACACAUGUGCCUUUUAAGGAACCACAAAGACUCUUGGUAGUUUUAGAAAAUGAUAUGUGGUUCCAUUAAAAAAAAAGGAGCCUCGUGUUUUUCUUGACUGUGGCUGUGUGAUUACUUCUAAUGUAGGAAAACAUAAUUUUGUUGUUCCAGUUAGAAACAUAUAAUUUUAUGUGGGUGGUUGUUUCUUCUUUUUUCUUUGUAAAUAAAACUAAACAGCUCCACUGAAUGUAUACAUUUUCAGUCUCUUCCAACUAUAUAGUUGAAGCAGUGAGAAAAUGUUCAAUCUCUUGCAGCAGUGUGGCCUGUCUGACUUCCUUAUGUGCUGCAUCUACCCCACUAUUAUCUCUGCUAAGAGGCAACAGCUCUGGGGUUCCUUGCAGAGAUCCUUCUGCCCUGAAAUUAUUUUCUAGUGACCUCAGGAGUUCAACCUGUGGCCUUCUCUCAACAGAGCCACAGUUCCUUGUGGGUUUUCUUUGAAAUAUUUAUGAGAAUGGGGAAAAGAAAUAUAUUCUGUAAAAUCAAAUAUCUGCUCAAAAGAUAAGGAAGAGCUUAACAAAGCUGCAACCUGUGAUGUUAUACUUGUAGACAAAUGACCAUAAGCAUAAGAAACUUAAGAACUUCUCCAUCUAUUCCAAUAUUCUCUUUCUAACUGGUCAGCCAGGUACCUCUGGUAAGCUUGCAAGAAGAGUAUGAAGGUAGCUGCAUGACCCUGUUUGCCCCCAGCACCUGGUAGGGUUGCCAUAUUUCAAAAAGUAAAAACCAGGACACCCCGUUUUACAAAAACGCCCCAAAAACAUGUUAUUUUUGGUUGACUUGCCUAAGAUCCAGUACAAAGCACUGCCUUUCAGAAAUUCCCCCCAGACAUCAAUUCCACCUUUGAAAUCCCAGUAAUGUCUGGAUGUAUGACAGCCCUCGCACCUAGUAUUUUGAGGUCUACUGCUCUCUACAUCGAGGCUCCAUUUUAACUGCCAUGACUGAUUGAUCUAAUGACAUCAAUGAAUUUGUCCAAUGCUUUUUGAAGCGAUCCUAAGCCCAGACCACAUCCCAUAGUAGCAAAUUCCCUAAUUACGUCCUGUAUGACAAAGUACUUUCCUUUCUGUCAGUACUGAAUCUACUGCUUAUUUACUUCAUUGAAAGACUUUAAAUUCUAACAUUUUGUGUGUGGAAGAGAAAUGCCCUCCUCUAAACGCCACGUUUUCCUAGCGUAGCUGGUGAAUGGUUUAUAGAGUAAGCUUGAAUUCUAGUACUUCUUGAACUUGCUGGUUAGUGUAAAACAUUGAAGCUACAAUCCUGUGCAUGUUUAUCUGGGAGUAAGCCAUAUUGAACUUGGUGUGGCUUAGUGCUGAGUAAAGUUGCAUAGUAUUGCACAGUGUGUCUUAACACUGGGAAUGUGGCCCAGUGUAUAAGGGAAACAGCUGCUUCUGCUGCUAUAUAAUCAUUAUUUAGUGCCAGCAAAGCGAAGGGUGUUAUCCAGUAUCCAAAAGUGACUUGUUGCCUCUCUUAUAAUAUUAGCCAGAACAAGCUCAGAGGUGUGGGUGGGACAGGGAGCAAACAGGUACUGUAUAAUGUACAGCUAAAGAGAGAUGAGUGUAAAUCUGCAAUGGCUUUUCUGAAAAGGUGAAUUCGGGAGAUUGUGAGGAAAGAGGAGUGUUUAAAAACACGGAGAGGCUGUUUGAACCACAGAGAAUAUUGUGGUAGAAAACGCAGAGAUAGAAAUGGAGAAGGAGGCGAAAGGUGUAGGCAGCUUGCCCAGCUCGAAAGCAAAAAGAGACAGCAAGGGAAGUUAAAUAAAAUACCUGCAAUGUUAUGCAAAUCUAUGCUGCAACUGCAUUUGGAAUACUGUGGGCAGUUCUGAUAACGUCACAUCAAAAAGAAUACUGUAGAGUUGAAAAAGGUUCAGAAAAGGGCAACCAAAAUUAUCAAGGGUUUAGAACGACUCUUCUGCAAGAAGUUGCAGACUUUUUAGUUUAGAGAAAAAAUGUUUAAGAGAUGACAUGAGAUUAUAAAAUUAUGCAUGGCGUUGUAACUGAUGGUGAAGAGAGGCAAUGUGACCAGUGUGGAGAUUGGGGCAUCAUGGAUCUGUUUUGGCUUGUUGUCAUUUUGGAUGUAGAGUGCCCUAGACCUUUGAGAUAAUACGGAGGUGUUUUCAGAAGCUGCAUGUGAUGUGAGUUCUGUGACUGAAACUCCCCAAGUCUUUUUCUAUUUUGCAUGGAGCAGGCAGGAGUGUGCAGUUUGGAUUGGUGGUGAGGGAGAGUCUAGCCCUUUGCCCCUGUACUACAGCCUCUGGUGGAAUUAUGCAUUAGCUUCUCAAAAGUGCUAUUAGCUUAAGCUAUUAACCCAGAAGUUUUUCCCCACCUAUCGUAUAGAUCUAGCUACACCAAAUCAGGGCAGCUGCCUUUGAUUAAAUGCAAAAACAUCAGAAGGCUUCCACAUCACUUGUAGGUUUUCGGGAAACCUAAGAUAUAAACGCUUGUUCCUGAAAGCUCUACUUGUGUCUUUUUUCAUAGUAACUCAGGAAAUAGCUAGCCAGGAGCAAGAUCACAGAUCACUGGAAUUUUCACAGAUGCAGCUGAAGGGGUAAUACUGUACAAAAAUGCUGAGUAUCCAAUGAAGGCAGGGGUAUGUAUCUGCAGAAGCUCACAGGUUCAAUCCCUGACAUAUCCAGGCAGAGCUGGGAAUGUUUCCUGUCUGAAACCCUGGAGAGCUGCUGCCAGUCAGUGUAGACACUGCUGAGCUAGAUGGACAAAUGGCCUGACAAGGCAGCUUUCUACAUUCCUUCCUAUAAAGUAGACCCUUCACAGCAAUAUAUCAUGUAAUGUCAUUUGCUCCACCCUUAACUGUUUUAGGACUGAGUUAAGGGGGAGGAAGAAGGUGUUUCACUGUUUUUCAUUUCUGAGCAAAUGUUAGCAAAGUUAGGUAGACUCUACAAGAAACUUCACACCCUGAACUUUAAUCAGAUUUGAAGUAGUUUCCUCUUUUUCUCUCUCUUUUUCUUCCCUGUUCUUUUCACUCCUAGAUGAGUGGGACAAAAGCACACACAGGCACACCCAACCGCAAAGAGCAAGUUUCCAUGGAAACAAGCAACGAUCACCCGCCAGCUAAUCCUUUUCGAAAGAGACGUGGGGCUGCCCAGAACAAGUCAAUGAUGAGAAAUAUCUACAGGCAGGCAAAUCGAGGGUCAAAUUGGAAGUGCUGGAAAAAACCAAAGAUGAGCAAAGAUGAGCCAACUUAG